AUGAAAUCUGGUGUUUCAGUGUUGCAGUUUUUAGCUGCUUUAGCGACAGCCCUCUUCAGCAGAUGCUCUACUGCUCUCAGCCCAGAUGGUUUUGCCCUGUUAGAACUGAAAGUCAGUUUGAAUGACACUGGUAACUUUCUGACUAACUGGAAUGAAUCUGAUGACUUUCCUUGUAAAUGGACUGGAAUAGCUUGCAGCCGGCACGACAAAAGAGUUAUAACUAUAAAUUUGCCAUUCAAACAUCUUCGAGGAACUAUACCCCCUACAAUUUCUAAGCUCGAUAAAUUACAAAGACUGUCACUUCGCCAGAAUGAACUUAAUGGUAUCAUCCCGGGAGAAAUUUCCCAAUGUUCUGAACUAAGAGCCUUGUAUCUUCAAGCUAACAAUUUAGAAGGUGGUAUACCGUCAACUAUUGGAAAUCUUACUCAUUUGCGUAAAUUGGAUUUGUCGAGCAAUUCACUGAAAGGUGUUAUACCUUCUUCUCUAGUUCGCUUAACGAAUUUAACAUAUCUAAACUUAUCAUCAAACUUCUUAACUGGUGAGAUCCCAAGUAUUGGAGCUCUAGCCAGAUUUGGGUUCACUUCGUAA